AUUUGUUGUUAUUUUCUAUGCUUUUCAGCUGCGGCAAACUAUGGAUACAAAACUGUAAUCGUGGAGAACGUGUAGCAGCCGAUAAACCCUAUCCGGAAUGCUGUAAAUUGGUGUAUAAAUGCAAAAAUCCUGAUGGUUCCUCCUACUAUAUAGAACGGGAUGCUGCUGAAUAUCAAUUAAAAACUGAAAAUUCUACGUAGUUUUGAGUUGUUCUCAAUAUUGCAAUGCAUUUUCUUUUUAGUUUUUAAUUAGUAGUUUUUAGUUGUAUUUUUGUAUUUAUUUUUAUUUUUUAUAAUACUAACAAAAAGCAAAAACCAAAAAAUUUGGAAAAAAUGGGA